UCUGGAACCGUUUGAGAAAAAAAUAUUGUCAUUCUACAGGUGUCCAGUCGUGUCAGUAGACAGCCAUGUUUUUCUUCUUUGUUUUCGCCUUGGGUUUCAUCGUGUGCAAAGCGUUUGAUUUCAAAGCAAAAAGUCUCGAAUUGGAUCCCGGGCCACAGACAUUACGACGUGCUUGAGUCGACCCAGCUCUGAUGUUUACCUGACAAUCUUUAGGGGAAGUAAAAGUGGCUGGGCAUAGUGUUGACCACACUAUCUCUUCAUGUGACGAGACCAUGGCCCGUAAGUCGGAGUCAGCGGGCAGGACAUUACAACGAUGCCGCCGCCGUGUUACAUAUCUGGCACCAACAACUUGUUGGAGAUCUCUUGCGAGGGCUACAAGCGGUGCAUCAAUAACAUCACGGUGACCUUCAAGUGUGUACCCCCACAGGUCUUGCAGAGACUGACCAUGACGUGUGUUGAUCCAGCGACCAGCACUUCACAUGAAUGUUCUCACGUGGACAUUGACAUUUGCCUAGGGAAGAGCGACGGGUUUUAUGGUAACACGGCGGACAACUGCCACACAUACACGAGAUGUAUAGGUGGGAAAUCUAUCGGUGAAUUCUACUGCCCUUCAAACCUUAUGUUCAAUGAUGAGGUCCUGACAUGUGACUUCCCAUUCAACGUGCUGCCCCCUUGCGGAGUAAAACCAGUAGUCGGCUCAACGGACUGACGUUAUCGGGGAUUUUUGUUACUUUUACAGGUUAGGUUUAUCAAAGGGAGGGAAUGUUUGCCAAGAAAUAAAUUAUAGAUAAAUCAAAGAUUAUACAUUUUUGUUAUUUAUUGCGAAGUACCUUGUAAGAAAUAUUGUUUUUUAUUGACAUUUUUAAAAGCUCUUACAGUCCAUGACGCAGUAUUUCAUCUAUCUCUAAGAACCAGGUAAAUGAAAGGAUGGCGUGAUCAAUGAUGACAAUUCAAUGCAUUCUUUAUUUUCUCAAGCAUGGUUCAAUGUCCACCAGAACUAGAUGACGUCUUGGGAGUCCAAAUGAACCUGAGCCCUUAAGCUGAGCUCGAAACGUUGAAUGUGAAUUGAAUUACAUAAUUAUACUCUAUUUAAUUCACACCACCCUUUAACUCCUGUUGAUGAGUAGGCGAGUAUUGUGGUGUUAAGGUAUCGUUGAUGUAUUCUCUCUUGUAGUUGGUAACAUAUCUAGUCGUUGGUGGUAGCGCUAGGAAGAGUCGGGAGAGAUGAAUUUGUUGAGUAUCGAGUUUGGUGACGAAGUAUCGAAGAGUGACCGACUGCAGUUAUGCAGUGAUGGGUUGCGUUGAGUCUUUGUUUAGCAGUAAUGGAAUUUGAAAAGGGUGAUGUAUCGUAUAGUUUGAAUAGAGGUCGUGCGUUGCAUAGUAUCGAGUAAUAAAAAUGAUAGCUUAUUGAAUAGAGUUUUUUGAGUAGUCGUGAGUUAAGUAUCGAGUAGGUGGUAUCGAGUUAUUGGUAUUGAGUUUAAGAAAUCGAGUUGAUGUUAUUGUAUAGUUGGGUGAUGUUUUUGAGUGGUGGUAAGUUGAGAGUGAAGAAUAUCGAUUUUGUUGAGUAUAGUUAGCCUAUGUUAUCGCAGGUUUGAUAAACAGAUCUGGUGAAGAUUUAUAAUAGCAAUACUUCUUUCUUCCAUUCAAGAUGGUUUAUUCGUACAUAAUACAAGCCGCCUAAUUUCAAUCUUAUUUUUUAAGGUAUUGAGGGUGCAUUGACCUUACAACGAGUGCUGAAGUAAAUUUAGGCAAAAAAUAUUAUAAAUAUUAUAAGCAGCAUAGAUGAUUUUUAGAGUAAGAAUGAUACACAACAAAUCAUAUAUUUUUCCCUUUCAAAUAGAAUUUAAUUUCUAGAGAAAUACGACUGGUCAGUUUUGACCGCUUUACCAAUUUUCCCAGAUAUAGCGAGUUUUUUUCUGACAUCCAUGACCGUUUUUCUACGGAUUCACAAAAUAUCAAAGGGAGGUGCGUUCGGUAAGUUUUUUUUUUCGAUAAAUAGCUCAUAUUAGGAGAAUUUCUUUCGCGGUCACUUUUUAGCUCUCGCCUUGCGAGCAGAGGCUAACCGAUGGUUUUUCCAUACGGCCAAAAUCUUUAUCCAAGUCUAUGGAAAACAAUGAGCCACAGAUACAGAGCCAAAGUACCCUAAAAAUGAUUUUGUAAAUAGCGAUCGUUUCUCACCAAAUUAAAAAUGUUUGUAUAAGGAAACUCGAACCGGUCACUUUUACAGCCCUUCCUUAGUUUUCCCGAAUUUAUCGUAGUUUUUAUUUUUGCUAACAUCGAGGGUCGGUCUACGAUCUCAGGGUUAUAAAGAGUUUCUUACGUGGGAAUUUUAUUUAUCGAUAUAUAGCUCAUUUAAAUUUCAGGUCAGUCGCGGUCAGUUUCGAU